CGAACUGCAUGCAUUGCUAUUUAGCUUCUUGCGUUGUUUCGCUUUUUUAAAGAUCCAAACGUUUUUCCAACAGCUUAAUGCAGCAAAAAGAUAACGCGCGUUUGAAAAUUGAAAACCUGCUUCGAAUGUGUGCACAAUAUGUGUGUGAUAUAAACAGGAUUUAACGAAAUAAAAAAAUGUCGGAUCGAGCUUCGAAUGUAACGGACCUUACAGAGCGUACGCCCUCUACGACAACAAUCAGCACCGUCGCAGUUCAGGCCGGGCACUCGACAGUUGUCCUCGCCAUUCUCAGAGUUUUCCAGUGUAUUUAAGAGGGCAUUAAAUCCAAUUUCUGUGACACUCAAGGGAUAUUGGCAUCAAGUGAUCGUAAAGUUACAGAAAUGUUGACAUCUAAUGACAUCGUUUAUAGCAUCGAUGAGGAGCUGUUCUGGUGUGACACCUGUGGACGUGGUCUGCGGGACUUGAUUAGCUUGAGACAGCAUGUUGGGGAGCACAUUGUUGACGGCAUUGCAGACAAAAAUGACACCUAUGCCAGCCACAACUUACAUGCAGGCCUUUUUAGUUAUCAAGAAGCUGUAACUGAUGGAGGUGUGAAAGAAAAAAUACAAGACACAAAACAAGGACUAUCAGAUGUUGAGAAGAAUUCCCAUCUUUAUAAUGUUUGCAGCGUUUGUGGAAAGGGAUUUACAAUUCCUAAGGACCUCACAAAUCAUAUAAGGAUGCACACAGAAGAGCGGCCACACAUUUGCAGUGUUUGUGGAAAAGGAUUUGCCUACAGUUCACUCCUCACCCGGCAUAUGAAGAUUCACACAGGAGAGCGGACACAAAGUUGCAGUGUUUGUGGAAAAGGAUUUGCCAGGGGCUUUGACAUCACAUAUCAUAUGAGUAUUCACACAGGAGAGCGGCCACACAGGUGCAGUGUUUGUGGAAAGGGAUUUGUCAACAGUUCACACCUCACUGGGCAUAUGAGGAUUCACACAGGAGAGCGGCCACAUAGUUGCAGUGUUUGUGGCAAGGGAUUUGCAGGGAGCUCGGACCUCACAUAUCAUAUGAGGAUUCACACAGGAGAGCGGCCACACAGUUGCAGUAUUUGUGGAAAGGGUUUUGUCUCCAAAUCACAACUCGCUGUUCAUAUGAGGUAUCACACGGGAGAGCGGCCUCACAGUUGCAGUGUUUGUGGAAAGGGAUUUGUCAACAGUUCAAACCUCACUCAGCAUAUGAGUAUUCACACAGGAGAGUGGCCACACAGUUGCAGUGUUUGUGGAAAGGGAUUUGUCAACAGUUCAAACCUCACUCAGCAUAUGAGUAUUCACACAGGAGAGUGGCCACACAGUUGCAGUGUUUGUGGAAAAGGGUUUGCCAAGGGCUCGGGCCUCACAUAUCAUAUGCGUUUUCACACAGGAGAGCGGCCCCACAGGUGCAGUGUUUGUGGAAAGGGAUUUGUCAACAGUUCACUCCUCACCCGGCAUAUGAAGAAACACACAGGAGAGCGGCCCCACAUGUGCAGUGUUUGUGGAAAGGGAUUUGUCAGCACUUCAAACCUCACUCAGCAUAUGAGUAUUCACACAGGAGAGUGGCCACACAGUUGCAGUGUUUGUGGAAAGGGAUUUGUCAACAGUUCACUCCUCACUCAGCAUAUGAGUAUUCACACAGGAGAGUGGCCAUACAGUUGCAGUGUUUGUGGAAAAGGGUUUGCCAAGGGCUCGAGCCUCACAUAUCAUAUGCGUAUUCACACGGGGGAGCGGCCACAUAUUUGCAGUGUUUGUGAAAAGGGAUUUGUCAGCAGUUCAAACCUCACUCAGCAUAUGAGUAUUCACACAGGAGAGUGGCCACAUAGUUGCAGUGUUUGUGGAAAGGGAUUUGUCAACAGUUCACUCCUCACUCGGCAUAUGAAGAAACACACAGGAGAGCGGACCCAUAACUGCAUUGUUUGUGGAAAAGGAUUUACCUACAGUUCCCUCCUCACCCGCCAUAUGAUGAUUCACACAGGAGAGCGGCCACACAGUUGCAGUGUUUGUGGAAAGGGAUUUGUCAGCACUUCAAACCUCACUCAGCAUAUGAGUAUUCACACAGGAGAGUGGCCACACAGUUGCAGUGUUUGUGGAAAGGGAUUUAUCAACAGUUCAGACCUCACUCAGCAUAUGAGUAUUCACACAGGAGAGUGGCCACACAGUUGCAGUGUUUGUGGAAAAGGGUUUGCCAAGGGCUCGGGCCUCACAUAUCAUAUGCGUAUUCACACGGGGUAGCGGCCACAUAUUUGCAGUGUUUGUGGAAAGGGAUUUGUCAGCAGUUCAAACCUCACUCAGCAUAUGAGUAUUCACACAGGAGAGUGGCCACACAGUUGCAGUGUUUGUGGAAAGGCAGAGCCCUCAAUCUGUAAAAUUCACGGCCGAAAUUUGGCCGCAUUCCCCCACCUGAAAAGUAUACUUGUUUCCCCUUUUG